CAUUUUCUUUUUACAGACUGCAGUGAAACGACACGUACGAAACGUGCCAAACGACCGCGGGCACCUGAACCAGUCAAUUUCGAACCGGAACCCCAACAAGAUUUAGAGAAUGAAGAGAGUGGUAGUCAAGAAAAAGAUAUACCCGAAAUACCAACGAAUUUCUUGAGUCCCUCUGUGCGAGAAUAUCUCGAAUUAGGAAAGUCAAUACCAGAUGGAGAAGGUAGCAGGGAGCAUCCUCCACCACAGAAUUUUGCACCGCGAAUUCCAAUGCCCGCGAUGUCAGGCGAUAAUAUCGACGCUUACUUUUAUUCCCUCGAUUUCUGGUUCGAGGCGACGGGCAUUACCGCCGACACGGCUAAAUUCAAUAUCGUCUUGGCUAGCGUUCCGCCGGCCAAACUAAUGGAGCUGCGCGCCAUCAUCGACGCUGCGCCAGCUACGCAAAAAUAUCAGUACAUUCGCACUAAACUAUCAGAAAAUUUCGCCGAAAGCCAACAACGUCGCCUACAGCGCGUGCUCCGCGAUAUGCCCUUGGGUGACCGUCGCCCAAGCGACCUCUUCAACGAGAUGAAGCGCGCCGCCGGGACUACCUUGAGCGAUAGUUGGCAUUACUGCGACAUCGAUGGUCGACAAGCGUCUUUCCUCUGCCCGAAUGGCACACAAUUUUCGCAGGCAGUUUUCGUAUGCGAUUGGUGGUUCAAUGUACGUUGCGAUCUAUCGCCGCGUCUGUACGCCAUCAACGCACGACUCUACCAGCGCCCCAAGGUGAAUCCGACACGACCACAUCGCAUCAUUACAAAAGAGUUGGUCGAUGAUAUUUUCAAUUGAAGGCAUGAGGAGCUACAGAUAUAUGUAUGAUUUUUAGGAUUAUGGCAUGGAGCAGAUGUGAAAAAAAUACAUAAUUUUGGGCUAUGAGGGUUAUCUAAAA